UGUUCUACCUGAACACACUUGUCUUGUUAUGUUAAGCCAUCAAUUCACACAGGGCAUAUACCUGGUGUUCAAAGGUGAGAGAAAGGGAGGAGGACAGGUAGAAGGAAAGGCAGAAAGAUAGAAUGAAAAUUAAAGUGUGAAAGAGAGACGGAUUUCUGCUCUGAAAAAAAGCAAAACAAAAAAGCCAAACACAGUGGAACCGUAACUCGAUCUGUCUUGACAAUGGACCUGCAGUCCUCUCUCCUGGAGCAGGACCUCUCGUGUCCGGUAUGCCGGGACAUCUUCCAGGACCCCGUGUUCCUGCUGUGCUCGCACAGCUUUUGCCGCGGCUGCCUGCAGCUCUCCUGGAAAGAGAAGGACGCCCAGGAGUGCCCUGUCUGCAGGGAGAGAGUCUCCAUGAAGCAGCUGCCCUCCAAUCGGGUGCUGAGGACACUGUGCGAGGACUUCCUGCAGGAGCGGAGCCAGCGGCUGACCGCGACGGAUGCCGAGGUGCUGUGUCGCCUCCACGGUGAGAGACUGAAGCUCUUUUGUCUGGAGGACAAGGAGCUGGCAUGCUUGGUGUGCCGCGACUCAAAGAAACACACAGACCACAAGUUCUGUCCCAUAGAUGAAGCAGCACAGGAUCUCAAGGAAGAACUCAACACACGGAUGACGCCACUGAGAGAAAAUCUUACCACUUAUAAAGGAAUUCAGCAAACGCUGAAUCAAAGAAUCAUGCACUUGAAGGGCCAGGCCCGACACACGGAGCUGCAGAUCAAAGGACAGUUCCAGGCGCUCUACCAGUUCCUCCACGACGAGGAGAUGGCCCGGAUCGCAGCACUUCGGGAGGAAGAGGAGCAGAAAAGUUAUAUGAUGAUGAAGAAGAUACAGGAGCUCUCAUAUCUCUCCGAAUCCAUCCAUGCCAUGGAGAUGGAGAUGAACAUGGCCGAUGUUCCAUUUCUGCAGAACUACAAUUCCACCAUACAAAGAGCCCAGAGCACACUGCAGGAUCCUGGAGAGGUUUCAGCGAAGCUUAUGAAUGUGGCGAGUCACCUGAGCAACCUGAAGUUCAGCGUCUGGGAGAAGAUGCAAGGGAUCAUUGAGUACACUCCUGUGACACUGGACCCAAACACAGCGCACCCGUGCCUUGCACUGUCCGAUGACUUGACCAGUCUACAACUCUGCACUGAGAUUCAGCAGCUUCCUGACAAUCCCGAGAGGUUCGACGGCUACACCAGCGUCCUGGCCUCCGAGGGCUUCUCCUCUGGGACGCACAGCUGGGAGGUUGAGGUUGGAGACUGCCCGACCUGGGCUCUGGGGGUGGUCUCAGAGUCCGAGUACAAAAACAGGGAACAGCAUUUGAAGUUUGGUCUCUGGUAUAUCGGUUGUGCUCACGGUAGGUACGGCAAAGGUUACUCCACAGAGCUCCUCACUCCACUCACGGUCAGUCAGAAACCUCAGAGGAUCAGAGUUCAUUUAGAAUGGGACGGAGGAAAGGUGAGCUUCUCUGACGCGGAUACUGGUGAAGUCCUCCACUCGUUCAUUCACACUUUCACAGAGAUGGUGUACCCAUACUUUUGCAAUGUGUGUUCUGUUCAGCCACUGAAGAUCUUAACCCUGAAGCCUUCUGUCAAUCUGUAACAAGAACUGGUCUCUCCAUUUCACACUUCACAGGGUGCAGUUUUCACCUGCAGUAUAUCACAGUUAUUUCUGCCAGUGAGGGACAAUGUGAUUUAUUUCACCAAAAAUAUUGCUGAUCUGACCUAGUGUUAUAAUGCAUUUAGACAAGCUAGAGUUCAUUUUGUGACUUCUGAAAGCAAAGUUCACAUUUGUUUCGACUUGUUUUGUUUCGGUGAAGGGUUGUUGCUCAACAAGCAAAUGACAUCCUUGCAUUUGGUGUUCCUGGAGCGCGUUGUUUACAGCUCAGUCUGAUACACUGUUCAUUGCCCAGUCACAAAGCCAGCACUGUGAGUGAACACUGGAUCUUUUAGAGCACCAACACUGAAAGUACAGAGAACUGUGAGGAGCUAUCCACAGAAUUUGUCAGAAAAGUGCAUGGAAUUAGAAUGACUAACUCUCCCUUUAAAUGGGGCUCUAGAAUGACUAACUCUCCCUUUAAAUGGGGCUCAUACACUGCGGUUGGAAACAGAAGGGACACUUCCAGAUAAACAAAAAAAAAACGCUUCUUCGCAGGAAAUCAUUCCUCUCUUAUUCUUCUUUCUCUAUGUGGUGAAUAAGGUUGUCACACUUGUUGUGCUGCAUUGCCUAAGCUAAGCCAAUAAGAGGAGAGUUUGGUCUGAAUGAAUCCAGGUCACUGCACAUGAGAGGGAAGCUGAGCCUAAUCCUUUUCUAAAGAAGUGGAACUUACAAGAGGUAAAACUGUGCAGAUUGUAGAUAAAAAAUGUUGUGCUAUGCAAACUACUGUGACUAAAUACUGUGACUCAACACCGCUGCUGGAUAAGCAGUGGUAAACUGCUCAUGUGUUACACGUGUUACAUUUGUGCAUUUAAAUAGAAGCUGUGUUGAUUACUAUACCACAAAUAAACAAUAAUAAACCACAAACACAAUGCACUGUGUUGGCAGGUCAUGGAAGGUCUAUGUUAGCCUAGGCCUACAUUAUUGGUGGGCAUUUCCGGGACUCUUUGGCUGUUUAGCUUGACAUAAUUUGGUUUGCCUUGACCAGUUGGAAUACUUUUUCCUAUGUUUGACUUGUUUACUCUUUAUCUUUCAAGGUUUUCAUGUUUUUUUUUGUUUUAGUUUUUUUUUUUUUUUGCUUGUGUCUUCUGCCACCUAGUGGUUGAAGUGAAACCAUAUAGGUGCAUUUUUAAAAAAUUAUCAUUCAUCAAGAUUCAUUGCGCAUGAAGUGAAAUAUUUCAAGCCUUCUCUUUGUUUUACUAUUGAUUAUUCCGAUCUUGAUGACGACUGUUUACAGCUCACGGAAAUGAAAAAUCCAGAGUCUAAAAAUAUUACAAUAGAAAAUUCAUGGUACAGAUAUUUUCGAAAAUACCGGCAAUGGUUCCUGAGCUGAGUUCCUUUCUCAGUCUGUGCAGGGCAACGGACUUUUCCAGGAUAUUCAGGUUUUUUUUUAAUGCACCUGUAUAAUGUGUACAUCUGUGAGCCCUCAAGGGCAACUGUGCCUUUAGAUCCUUCAGUGAGCUUACUGUGGCAAAAGCACCGAGACAGAUAUGUCUUAAUAGACUUAUUUGACAGGGACCAUGUACGGUACAUUUCCUGUGUCAGUGUUAGCUAUGCAGGUCAUUUGCAUCUGUGGUCAACUGCUGGGCCAAGUCUAUUAGAAGGUCCUAAACUGACCUGAUCUGAGUGGUGUUACUGAGCAAAAUGUAUCUUACCCAAACAGUGGCAUGGGUCAGGGCAGUACAUUUACUCUACUGUAUAUUACUCCUUUCAGGCCAUACUUUCGUAAUGAAUUAACCUGGGCAUGCUUGAUACGUAUACGUUACACUACAUGUCUUACCCAAAUGUAUGUGACAUGCCAUUAGAAAACACCUGUCUACACCUGUAAGAGUGUACUUCUCAAAUGUAUGGGAUAUACUCCACACAUGUGGGUAGAUUUGGCCUCUCCGAAUAAACAGAC